AAAUGACGAAUCAAACAUCGAUUCAGUCAGUGAAUGAUGUCGAAAUGGACGCGGGCUGAGGCAGCCUUGCAAUGAAUAGUUUGAGGAACGUACGUAAGAGGCAAAGACGUGUGGACGCAGAAGAGGACCUCUCUUUCUCCAGAUCUCGUGCACGUUCACUUGUUCUCGAAGCCAACGGCAUAGAGAAUCCUCUAGAAAAGUUUGAACUGGACAAGACCAUCCAACUCGACCAAUUUGAAAUUACCUUGGAUAGUUAUAAGGGUUCCCAACUUUCUUUGGAACUGCGACAAUGGUGUUUUCAAGUUGUUGAGAAACACACCCGUCAAGAUUAUGAAAGUGCUGGCCUUUGGAGUGCUGCUGGAAAGAAAGCGGAGCUGCGUUCCGAUGCUGCACGAUAUCUUUUGGUCCGACACUAUCCUCCUAUGACUCUAGUUGGAUUUGUUCAUUACAGAUUUACUAUUGAAAAUUUGGAAAAUGUUCUCUAUAUUUAUGAGUUACAUGUUGUUGAUAGAUACCAGGGUCUCGGUGUUGGAAAGAAAGUGGUUCAAAUUCUAGAAACGCUAGGACGGCAUACAAAAAUGAGAAAAAUGAUGCUGACGGUAUUUAAAAGAAAUGAAGAUGCGGUUAGAUUCUACAAAGAAAAACUUGGGUUUUCUAUGGAUGCUUCGUCUCCGCAACUUUAUGGGGACAUGGAGUGCAAAUAUGAAAUUCUUUCAAAGGACUUGAUGAGUUUCCCAGAAGACUGUGUUGACAAGAACAGUGUCAUGAGUAAAUUAUAUCGAGUCCAUGAACAUUUAAAUUAAAUGCAUUUCUCAAAGGAGCAAGUCACUUUUGAUUGUUGA